CUCUCUCUGUCUGUUUCCGGGCUGAAGCUUCACCAAAUUUAUAUCACUGGGCAGUUAAGCUGCUCCAAUCUUCUUCACCUACUCUCUCUCUCUCUCUCUCUCCAUAUACCUACAGAGGCGAAAAACGAAACAUUUUGGUAUAGCGGUGAAAGAGAGAGGGAGAUAGAAAUGCCGUUGGUCAGGUUUCAAGUUAGGAACCAGUACAGCCUCGCCCAACCUCAGCUUUACACGGAGGUUAACAGGGAAGAUCCCAAAGCCGUGCUUGAUGGCGUCGCCGUGGCUGGCCUCGUGGGGAUCUUGCGCCAAUUAGGCGAUCUGGCGGAAUUUGCAGCAGAAGUCUUCCAUGGCUUACAAGAGCAAGUGAUGAAUACGGCUUCUAGAAGUCAUAAAUUGGUGAUCCGUGUGGAACACAUUGAAGCUGCUCUUCCUCCUCUUGAGAAGGCUGUGCUGGCCCAAACUAGUCAUGUACAUUUUGCUUACACAGCUGGUCAUGAGUGGCAUCCUCGUAUACGGAGUGAACAAAAUCAUUUUAUCUGCAAUGAUUUGCCACGAUUUAUCAUGGACUCCUACGAGGAAUGCCGUGAUCCUCCACGAUUGAAUUUGCUUGACAAAUUUGACACUAAUGGUCCGGGCUCUUGUUUGAGGAGAUACUCUGAUCCGGCAUUCUUCAGAAGUGCUUCAGGCGUUUCGACCGCAGCAGAUUGUGACGAAGUUCAGAAAGAUAAGAGGAGUCAUAAAACAAAGAAAAAAAGAUCAUCACGACGAAAUCAAGAACUUUCACGUCCUGCAUUCAUCUCCAAUCGCACUAGCAGGAUGCAAUUUACUUCUCCAAUUGUCAGUGGGCGGACUUCUCAAAAUGGGUCCACAGUGGACAUGACAUUCAAGUCUGAUAUAGGGGAUCAUUUAAACUCUUUGGAUGGUAGAAGUAGUUCAGGCUACAUUGAUUGUGUUUUCAAUCUAAAUUCUUCACUAGAACAGGAAGAAAAGAUACCUAAAGAAGCCUAUUCUAGUUUGACACAACAUAUUGAUACCUUUGCUUCAGAUUUUUCUGAGGAGAAAACUCAGAUUGUAGAUGAUAACUUUCCUUAUAGUCCGCAACAAGAGCAAGGUUUCCCCAGUUCACCUUCUUUUAGUUGGGAUGAGAAGGCAGAAAUAGUGGAGUCCAAGGGUCAACAAUGUGACAGAGAGGAAUCUAUGGAUUUGCCUGAAAUAAAUCUUGGCCUAGAUAAACAGAACCGGGAAGAUGUUAACCCACAAAGUGUGGAUAUGUUGUUUGGUGAUGUAGAUACUAGAAAGUCAAUGACAAAUAUGAAUCAGCUUGAUGAACCUGAAAGUGAACCAGAUAAUUACAUGGAUGCACUUAACACUAUUGAAUCAGAAUCUGAAAAUGAUGUGGAGUACAGAAAAAAGCCAGUUAAGCAGAUUUCAUGUGAUUUGGAUAAUGAAAGAAUAGAAGAUGGAACAUGCAAGCAAAUCAAAAAUAGUCCUGAUCAUCAUCAAUCCACUUAUGAAUCUCCUUCUCGUGGAAUGCACAAGCAUAUGAUACAUAGUCCUGAUCAUCCUUGUUUCAUUAAUGAAUCUCAUACCACAUCCUACAUUCCUUCAAAUGAUGGAAUGUCCUCUCAUUUGCCCGACUCAGUUUCUUCAGAGAAUUUAGCUGAUGAACAUAUACUGCAAAUUUCUGGAAGAUCCUUGGAUUCAGAUCAUUCACGAGGCACUGAUUUAUGUGGAAGCAAUAACGUUUUCAAUGGUUCUAAAAUAGAAUCUGUUUCCCCUGAUAAUCGAUUAUCAUCCUCUGGCUCCAGAAUUUCUGAUUCACAAAAUACUUUGGGUAAUAGGAUUAUCAGCACUGUCUGUGAGCCUCAAUCUCAUCCAGAAAAUUUCCCUGUCCAACCAAUUAAAAUCUGGACUAACGGUGGCCUGUUAGGACUUGAGCCAUCCAAACCUCCAGAUUUUGCUGCACCAAACUCUCUAAUUAGAGACUUAAUGACCACAAGUGAAAAUGAGGUAGGUGGUCAUCCGAAUGAACAGAAGGAAAGACCAGGUAAGUUGGUUGAGAAUUCUCAAAGCAUUGAAAAAGUUUCAAGCUCUAAUAACAAAAAGAAUUCUUCUCUGGGAGUUAAUUUAGAUGGCAAACUUGAAAAUUCUGGUGAUUCUGAGCAGGGCAAAAUAUUUUAUCAUGCUGAUGGGGCUGCCUUGUCCCUGAACGGCAAAUUGGCACCAGGGACUAUGCCUGUUGGACCCAAGCCAGAGACUGAUAAAAACCAAUCUGGAGUUUUAGGUCUUGGGCAGAAAUUACUUUUGACUGGUUUUGGUAGGAAAGUUUCACUUUCACAUGAUGGUGAAUCUAAUCCUUCGAGCACUCUAAAUACUGAGGUAAUUGAGCAGAGUGAGGACCACAGAAUCUCAUAUCAAAGAAUUCUGACAAGUUUCAAAAAUGAGUUCGGUGUUCGACCUCCGUUAGACUCACUUCCUGAUUCUCCACCACUUGAACAUAUGAAAAUAUCUUUCAACCCAAUAAAUGACUUUGAAACUUCCAAACUGAAGCUAAAAUUUCCUGAUGGAGGUCAUUCUCUUCAAAGCAUUAGAGAUAUGUUUCCUUCUUUUCAAUUGGUCCCGGAGCUUCCAACUUCACUGCAUGACAUUGGUUUCGACUCUGACGAUGACACUUUCUGCAGAUCAUCUCCUUGUAUGUCAGAUGAUUGUCACAGCCAUUACUCUAAGUCGAACUCUGAGCAGUGGGGAUCUGGUGAAACCUCUGAAAGCAAGGAUCAGGAGCUCUAUGAUGCUUUUUGUAGAAUGUCAUCCAUGGAAUCUGUCUCAAGCUCACUGAAGGUUGGGGAGACAGUCAAUGAUGGCCAUGUUGAUAGUGAACUUAGAAGUUUUUAUACUGAGGAUGAUGCGGACCCUUCCUGCUCUGCUUCUUUACUUGACAUUCCUAGUUUCGACAGUGUAACUCCUGCAUUACCUAUGGAAGCAAAUGACACUUCUGAUUCAAAGGAUCUCAUGAAACUUCAAAAUCCCAUGGAGCAUGCCCCUUUGCCACCACCUCUCCCUCCUGUGGAAUGGUGGGCAAAAGCCCAUUCAGAUACGUUGGAAGGAAAACAUCUUACUUUACCAGAUGCUCUUAAGCAUACAUUUGAUGUGAAACUUUUUGAAUCUGCCGACUCUCAGCAACCAAAGCCAUCCCAGGCGAAUGAAAAACAAUCUAGUCAGGAGGAAACUGCUUCUAAAGUAGAGAACAAGGCUGACCAGUGGAAACAUAAGAGAUGCAAAGGAAAUAACAAGGCUACAAAUGACAAGGGGAUGGACGAGAAGGAAGACUUCUUACAUCAAAUCAGAACAAAAUCAUUCAACCUGAGACGUACAGUGGCAGCAAGGCCGAACAGUGCGUCUGGUCCCCCUACAAAUGCAAACGUCACUGCAAUUUUAGAGAAAGCAAAUGCAAUCCGCCAGGCUGUUGGAAGUGAUUAUGGUGAAGAUGAUGAUAACUGGAGUGACACUUGAAUAUCAUUGGAUAUGACUCUGUGCUAGUCUAUGGGAAACAAGUGUUGUUGCGACCGCAAACUUGCCAAGGUAAAAUUGUCUGUAUAUGUGUAUAAUCCUAGUUUUUGUUUUCCUUUUUUAUGUAUGUAAUUUGUAGGGUUCAUCUUUGCAUCUUUUUAACCUUUGAUACUCAGAUAUCUUCAAUCUUUGAAUUGAAUUUGUAAACCAUGACUUCUUAAUAUAAUUUGCUUGUAUGAGCAAUUAUUAAA